GGGGCAUUGUGUGUGAGCUGGCCGCAGAUCGCAGGCCCAGGGGGGCAGCUCCACCACGGGAGACAAGACACGCCUCGGAGCGGGCAAAUUCCCGGCCCCCUCUGGCCCCAAGCCAGCAGCCGCCGCCCGCCACCUCUUCUCUUCCGCCGUGGCCCCGGCCGCCCCGCCGGGCCCCGAAGUCGCCCGCGCCUUGGCGCCGGCCCCUUGGCCCGCGGCGCUGGCUGCGCGGUUGGGACGGGACGGAUGUGGCGCAUGCGUGGUGGCGCCACCAGGCGCGGGAGCUGCGGCGGUGGGGACGGCGGUGGGGACGGCGGUGGGGACAGCCGCGGGCAGGGCCGCCCCGGCCGGGCUCGUGGGGGUGGCGGCAUCGGCGGUGGCGUGGGCUGGCGAGGCCGUGCGGGCGGCGCCCGACAGCAGCUGGAGGAGCGGUUCGCCGACCUGGCCGCGAGCCACCUGGAGGCCAUCCGCGCGCGGGACGAGCGGGACCGGCAGAACGCGCGGCUGCGCGAAGAGAACGCCCGGCUGCGGCUUGAAAACCGGCGGCUGAAGCGCGAGAACCGCAGUCUCUUCCGUCAGGCUUUGCGGCUUCCCGGCGAGGGUGGCGACGGGGCGGCCGCAGAGGCGGCCAGGGCCACCGCGGGCCCCGAGGAGGCCAGCACGAACCGGAGGGCGAGAGGCGGCGGCCUGGAGGACGAGCCAGGCAGCCCCAGGGCCCUGAGGGCCCGGCUGGAGAAGCUGGAGGCCAUGUACCGCCGGGCCCUGCUGCAGCUGCACCUCGAGCAGCGGGGGCCGCGCCCGUGUGGCGACAAGGACGAACCGCCUUUGCGCGCACCCGACUCAGGCCUGCGCGCCCCUGACCCGGAGCCCCCAGGGCCCUGGCUGUAGCCGGAGGCCGCGGCCGGGGGGAGGCGGGGCCUCGCGCGGCCCCUCCUUCUCCGCUCGCGGCUCCGGCACCUAGCAACGCCCUGGGCCCUCGGCGGCAGAGACUGGACCACUGCGCCCUCCGCCCCGCGCUACCCGGCGGGGCUCGGCGUCGGUCGCCUGCGGUGGAGAGCUUGCGGGGCCCGCUGGAUCCCCACAGUGCAGAACACCUGCCUCUUGCCCCUGCUGGCUUCCAAGGGUUGAGGCCUAGAAACGGAGGGACGGGUUUGACAACAGCAAGAAAUGGGUGCCAGUCAACACGUCCUAAUGUCUGAACUUUUCAGGGUGUUGUGAGGACCUCUUCUACUCGCCCCCCCCUUCCUGUUUUGGUUCUAUGAGGAAUGAAUAAUGCAUUUUGGGUUGGUUGAAUUUGUUGUUCAUACUUCAGUCCCUUAAAACCUCUAGCCAUUAUCCCUUACAUGGUCAACAUUUGCUUUUGUAAGUCAGUAUUACUUGGAUAGCCUAUAAAGUACCAACUUUUUAUUAAAAAGAUAAUAUUUAUUACUUAGGAGAUCUUAUGUCUGCCCCCUGCUCUAGUCCUUAAACAUAUAUAUUGAUUUGUUUACCCCCAGGAAAUUUUUAAAAUAUCUGCCUACAAGUGAUCUUUUAAAUUGGUAAAUAAAUCUGAUGCAUUAAAAAUAACCUAGAUACAUCCCGCGACUAUUCUUUGAAGUGUGUUACGUCUUUACACAUGUUUAAGAAAUAUACAUGACAUGUAUGAUUUUUACAUUUUAUUAUCUGACUUUAUUCUUUGGAAGCUACCAUUUUUGCUUAAUGUAAGUGAUAGUUUUAAAUAAUUAAAGAUUAGAUAGUAUAAAUACUAUUUCAUUAUUUUUAUUACAUUUUAGGCAUUAGAGCGUAGUCAGUGACAGCUACUUUGCCUUAUUUUGUUAAAUAAUUUUUAAGAAAUUAUGAAUUAUUUGUAUUUGGGAAGUCUGUCUCCAGAGUGAUUUCUCCAUUGAGGUUUCAUUGGGGAGGGGGGGAAGUGGUUGAUUUCAACACCAAAUGUUCUAAAAUCACUUUUUUUGCAUUUUGCUGAGUAGGCACUUUUGCAGACUAUGUAGUAAAGAGGAUACCAUUGUACGCCCCCAAAAAUCGUGGGUAUAAUACAGUGUUUAAGUGAUAGAAAAUAGCAGUUGAAGAAAAAAUGUUUCUGCUAGAGCUAGAAAUUAUUUCAUAAACUAGACUUUUCAUUUUAUUUGUGACAUAUUCCAAAAGUUUCAAAUAUAUUACAUAUAUUACAAAGAAGGUACCAGGGAAUGUAGUUCUGUCAUUUUUCUAUUCCUAGAUUUUGAAGACAGCUUGUGCCUUUUGCUUAAAGGUAGUUGAUACUUAGUUGUCAAUAUAUAAAUCUUACCCUCUGACCAAAAAUUAUAAGAAAAGUCUUGGUGAGGAUAGGUGGAUAUAUGAAAAGUAUUUCUAUCAACUUUACUUCAUUUCCUAAUAGUGAAAAAAUAAAAGUUUUAGGAGGCCGUAGGAAUUGAAGAAUAGGAAAAAAGAAUUUCAACCCUAUUGCUACUUAAUUUUAACUUUGGGUUUAAAUUAGUUUAUAUAUCUCUCCAAGCCUUAGCUUUCUCAUCAUUAAAAUGAGUGCAACCUCCACCUCAAAAACAUAAAAAUUUUAUUGAGAUGUUAUAUAUAAAAUGCUUGCAUCAAAGUAAGUGGUCUAUCAAUAAGAAUUGCAAUCUAAAAUGUGAAAGUUGUAAAUGCAUAUUUUACUGACACUUUGCUUUUUGUAUUUUGAUCCUAUAUGACUUUAUAUUAGCAGAGAAAUAUAUUCUUUGAAUGAGUUGACAUUUUUCACUCCCUACAAAUAAAUAGGGGAGAUAAAACCCUGUAUAUUAAGGGUAUAAUGCAUCAAGAUGUUAAAAUAUAUUUGCCACAAUGUGGCAAAAUUGGGAAUCUUGAAUAAGCAAGCAAAAUACUUAGUUUACAUAGCUUUUAAGCACUUUUUGUCUAAAAAUCAUGUACAACGUAAGUAUGUAAACAAAAAUUGUAAAGGAAUGAGGCACACAUACACAAAAGUGAGGACAACUUUUAAGCAUAAUUCCUGAAAAAAAUUCUGAAACCAAAAUGUCCCAUAAGAUGGGUUCAAGCUAAUAUAUAUUUCAACUUUGUUCAAAUUCUCUGCUGAUUAACUGAUAAAGCAUCAUGAAUAAUAUGAAAGAUGUUUGUGAUAUCAAAGUAUAUGCCUGUUAAAGAAGUGGCUAAAGUUGAUUUUAGAAAAGUUUGAUGAAGGAUCUAUUUUGAUCUAAAAUAAACUAAAACUUUAGAUUA